AUAUAAAUACACACAAACAAAAAAUUGUUUCUCCCGUUGAGUUUCAUAGUAAAGCACACAGACAAAAAACAUGUCCACUUCUUCUCUUUUCUCUGGUUUCUGAAAGCUAUGGAAUGUUUUGACAUCUGGAAAAGAUCAUGGUGCAGUGCUUUGAUGGAUUAAAGCAGUUAUAUACUGCUGUGAUAAACUUUUGUGAUGCUGAAUAUUCCCAGCAGCAGCCAAGAGGUUUACUAAAUCCAGAAGUACUUGCAAGACAAACAGUGUUUAGUGUAAGUGAGAUUGAAGCACUGUAUGAACUAUUCAAGAAGAUCAGCAGUGCAGUACUUGAUGAUGGACUAAUUACUAAGGAUGAAUUUCAGUUGGCCUUAUUCAAGACAACCAAGAAAGAGAGCUUAUUUGCGGAUAGGGUGUUUGACUUGUUUGACACAAAGCAUCAUGGGAUACUUGAUUUCAAAGAGUUUGCACUUGCUCUUUCUGUCUUUCAUCCCAAUGCAUCAAUUAAUGAUAAGAUUGAGUUUUUAUUCCAAUUGUAUGAUCUCAAACAGCAAGGAUUUAUUCAGAGACAGGAGUUAAAACAAAUGGUGGUGGUUACUCUAGCCGAAGCUGGCAUGAAUCUUGCAGAUGAAGUGAUUGAAAGCAUUAUUGACAAGACAUUUGAGGAAGCUGAUACAAAACAUGAUGGGAAGAUUGACAAGGAAGAAUGGCGAAACCUUGUCUUGCAGCACCCUUCCCUUCUUAAAAAUAUGACUCUUCAGUAUCUUAAAGAUAUUACAACUACAUUUCCCAGUUUUGUAUUUCACUCACAAGUUGACGAUGUUUGAGGCAGCUACAUUAUCUGUGUCAGUUUGAAAAUGCUCUUGCUUCCCUUGAGAAGGAUGGAAUUCUGUGAGAGAUAUGGUUGAAAUGGAAAUGCGUUGUUUUUUUUGUUUGUUUUGAUUGAAUUGAACUUUGGCUUCCUUUUUGGGUAGAUAAGGGUUGCAUAUGGAAUAAAUGAAGUAUCAUUGAUUUGUUGAUUAGGAAUGAAUGCAGAAGAGGAUAGAGGGUAUACAAUUUUUACAGGGAUAGGAGCAGGUACUUUUGGAUAGAAAUAUAUUUGCCAUUAUGGCUUGUAGAUGGUUCUGGUGAAGUGGGAAGACAUCACCUAGAUUAGGUACACAGUUAAGAAUUUUUGCUUUAAAAUACUGCAGGUUUUAGCUCCUGUGUCUUAAAUGGUUAAAACCAACAUUUCACUUUCUAUUA